ACUGUAAUCGGAAUAUAUCACAUCCUACGUUGGACUAUAUCGCUAGAGAGUUCGCCAACCUGCUCAGAGUCAUCAAGCAUUUAUAAUUGUGGAUUUACAUUACUGGACCUAAUCAGAACACGCAACGUUUGGGCAAUUUAAGUAACGUCCCUAAUUUUUAUUGUAUUUGUAACAGUUAACUGUAUAUAUUAAUAUUACUAUUUAUCUUUAGUAACUUGGUUUAUACUUUUUGCGUUCAUAUUUGUCUGGUCCACCACAAUUAUUUGGUGAGCCCUGAUUUUUUUUAUAGACAUUUACUAUAUAUAUAUCUACAUAAUUUUUUAUUAUUAUUAAUUGGCACGACACCAUUUUGGUCUUUGACAUUAUGAACUCUCCUAAUAAACUUAUCGAUAUUGAUAGCCCAUCAACCAACCCCUUCCAUUCAUCACAGCCAGAUGAUAAUGUUUUAAACUCGAUCAACGCUAUCUCAGAGUUAAGAUUACCAACGUACGGUGUUAAUAAUCCCAGGAUCUGGUUUGCACAGGUUGAGGCAUUAUUUUUGUCGAGAGGUAUACGCUCGCAAGCGACAAAAUAUGCAUACAUCGUUGGAGCAUUACCCAUAGAAGUGGCAGCAGAAGUCGGAGACCUGAUAGAUAACGUACCAGAAACGGACCCCUACGACAAAAUAAAAGCCGCAGUAAUCCACCGUACUUCGCAGUCUGACGAAAAACGCUUACAGCAACUACUCACCGCAUGCGAGUUAGGGGACAAAAGACCUUCACAGUUGCUUAGACAUAUGAGACAACUAGCAGGCUCAUACAAGUUAGACGAAGCAUUACUUAAGCAGAUGUGGUCACAAAGGUUACCACAUAGCGUCAGACAAAUCCUCAGCAUAUCAGGAGCCUCUGUCAGUCUUGAUGAUCUAGCAGACAUGGCCGAUAAGAUGAUAGAAAUAUAUCCCGAUAGUUGCGGCGUUAACGCGAUACCAUCCUCAAGUAGAGAAAACAUGAGCGACGCACUCAACAUCCAACAACAAAUAACACAGUUAACACAGCAGCUAGCAUCACUGCAGGCCACUAUUUCCACCAUCCGUUCUCGACCUCCCAGAUCUACGUCCAGAAGGAGAUCAGUAUCCAGACAUCGCCUUAGGUCACCUAAGCGGGCAGCCGGAAUUUGUUGGUAUCAUUCGAAUUAUGGUGAGAAAGCACGUCGUUGCACAAAACCGUGCAACUUCACGACAAACAAGCCAGACCAUCAGGGAAACGAAGUGGCCAGACAGUAAUGGCGGCAGCUGUUACUGGCCAACAUGUUAGCCGCCUCUUCCACAUCAGGGAUCGUAUUUCUGGCUCAGACUUCUUAGUCGAUACUGGAGCAGAAAUCAGCAUCAUCCCACUUCAUCUCUCACGCAGACAACAUACGACAAGCACUAAAUUGUCCUUAGUAGCGGCUAACGAAUCAGUUAUCAAAACUUACGGAGAGCAAUCUCUUAUAUUAGAUCUCGGGCUCCGCAGAAGAUUCACAUGGGUAUUCAUAGUUGCUCAAGUCAAACGACCCAUUCUCGGAGCUGAUUUCCUCAGUGCCUACAAUUUGUUAGUAGAUAUGACCAAGAAGAGAUUAAUCGACGCAAAUACACGUUUACAGGUAGAAGGUACACCUUCCAACGACUGUGAAAUCCAUGGUGUACGGAUAAUGAAGCCUGCGAACAACGUUUUCAACGACAUACUGACAGAAUACGAAUGCAUCACGAAAAUAGACUACCAAAAAGAAUGCGAUCCACAUCAUGUGCAACAUCACAUCACUACCACUGGACCACCUAUUAGCGCCAGGGCGAGGAGACUACCACCAAGCAAGUUGCAAGUAGCUAAAAGAGAAUUCGAACAUAUGAUGCAACUUGGUAUUAUCAGACCAUCCAACAGCCCUUGGGCCUCGCCGUUACACAUGGUACCAAAGAAGGACCAAGAUUGGCGUCCGUGUGGUGACUAUCGACGAUUAAACAAUCAAACCAUUCCUGACAAGUACCCGAUUCCGCAUAUACACGAUUUUUCAUUAAACCUACACGGUAAAUGUAUUUUCUCCAAACUCGACCUCGUGCGCGCAUACCAUCAAAUUCCAAUGGCACCGGAAGACAUUGAGAAAACAGCCAUAAUAACACCUUUUGGUUUGUUUGAGUUUCUAAGGAUGCCAUUCGGAUUAAAAAACGCUGCGCAGACAUUCCAACGCUUCAUGGAUAACGUAACAAGAGGCCUUGAUUUCGUGUUUGCCUACAUCGACGAUGUUCUGAUUGCAAGCUCAUCUUUAGAAGAGCAUAUCCAACAUGUCCAGAUCCUUUUUGAUCGUUUUAAAAAACAUGGCGUCGUCAUCAAUCCUUCGAAAUGCAUAUUCGCAGUCCCAGCCUUAGAGUUUUUGGGACAUUACAUCGACUCACAAGGGAUCAAACCACUUCAGACGAAAGUUGAGGAUAUUACUAACUACCCCGAACCAACCUCGGUUAAGUCAUUACGACGCUUCCUCGGUAUGUGUAAUUUUUAUCGCCGCUUCUUACCACGUUGUGCUGAAGUAUUACAGCCAUUAACCGAUCUGUUGAAAGCCGACAAAAAAGGUACGAAGAGAGAGAAGAAUCAAACAUUCAACCUAUCUCUUGAUGCCAAAACAGCGUUUGAAAAAGCAAAGUCGAUGAUAGCUAAUGCCACCAUGCUACAACAUCUAAAUACUGACCCCACAACCCACUUAAUUCUGUGUACGGAUGCAUCUCAGAAAGCCGUCGGGGCAGUAUUACAACAACAGGUAAACAAUAUGACUACUCCCAUAGCGUUUUUCUCCAAAAGACUGUCACCAGCCCAGGAACGCUAUAGUACUUUUGGACGGGAGUUACUUGCUAUCUACUUAGCCGUUAAACACUUUAACUUCUUACUACAAGGACGAACUUUCACCAUCAUGACCGAUCACAAACCUUUAUGUUACUCAUUCCACACAUCGUACGACCGACAUUCACCUCGCGAAGCACGACAACUGGAUUACAUCUCCCAGUUUACGACAGAUAUCCAAUUUGUCAAAGGAAAUACCAACGUCGUAGCUGACGCAUUGUCACGUAAGGACGUAAAUACCCUGUUACGUAAACAAGACAUCGAUCUAGAAACCAUCGCAAAACUACAAGUGGACGAUGCAGAUUUGAAGGUCUGCCAGGAGAAGUCUAACUUGAACCUUAAACCAGUACCCAUCCCUUUCUCAAAUACAUCUAUCAUUUGCGAUGUUUCAACGGGUAACAAUCGCCCUUUCGUACCACUAGCAUGUCGUCGACAGGUAUUUCGUCAACUGCAUGACCUUUCUCACCCAGGAAUCAGAGCCACAAUCAAAUUGGUUACUGAGCGUUUUGUGUGGCCAAAAAUCAAUUCAGAUAUAAAACGAUGGACGCGAAGCUGCCUACAGUGUCAACGCAGCAAGAUUCAGAAGCACACGAUCAGUCCAGUUGGCAAGUAUCCCCUGCCGGAAAAACGUUUUCAACAUAUCCACUUAGACAUAGUUGGUCCAUUGCCACCAUCUAAUUCAUUCACGCACAUUCUCACUGCGGUGGACAGGUUCACAAGAUGGGCCAUAGCAUGCCCUAUUGCUGAUACUUCUGCAGAAACAGUAGCCGGCGUAUUCCUUGACCGUUGGAUAGCGAAUUACGGAGUACCUUCUAUCGUCACUACCGACCGUGGUCCCCAGUUUCAGUCUAUCUUAUUUCAGGAAUUCACAAGACUUCUGGGCGUGAACCACAUCAAAACAACAGCCUACCACCCAGCAGCUAACGGCUUGGUCGAAAGAUUUCACCGCCAAUUGAAAAGCUCGCUGAUGGCACAAGAUGAUACGACAAAAUGGAGUGACGCAUUACCACUUGUACUCCUGGGUAUCCGUUCAACUAUAAAGGAAGAUAUAGGUUGUACAGCCGCUGAGCUAGUUUACGGUACAACCCUUACAUUACCAGGUCAACUAGUGGACCCAAACACUUUAACACCAACGGACCCAAGUCGUUUUGCUAGCCAACUGCUGCAAACCAUGCAACGAAUCAAAGCCAUACCGCCUCGUGAACAUAACAAUCGAAUACAACUCAACAGAAAUCUAGAAACAUGCAAAUUUGUCUUUGUUCGAGUUGAUGCUGUUAAAAAGCCAUUGAAACAACCUUAUGAAGGACCAUAUCAAGUAAUUAAAAGAACGACCAAACACUUCAUAAUCAACAAGUGUGGAAAGAAAGAGACUAUUGCUAUCGAUAGAAUAAAGCCUGCUUUCUACGAAGCACAGCACGACAAAGAACAUACUACUUCACUGAACCAACCCCGUCCAGCAACCACCACUACAGCAGACAUGGAAGAAAAACUGAGUAUCAAACCUACUUGCUUAACGCGCUCAGGCAGAGCUGUAAAAAACCCAAACGCUAUGUACAUUUCGCCGAAUAAAAAAAAUCUAAACAAACAAUUACUGAUGUACUAUCCCAUUAUACUCACCCGAUUUUUCCCAACAAAAUCUAUGAUUUUUUUUCUUUUUUACAGUGUACAUAAUUAACCAUAUUUUUUUCCCCACAAUUAUUCGUUUUGUCACAUUUUUUUUAUAAAAAAAAUUUGUUACAAUAAUAAACGAGUAAACUCUAUUUAAUUAUUCAUUUGUUGUACACACACACAAAAAAAAAGCAGUUCAUUUUUUUUGGGUUCAGUAACAGUUCUGUACAUUAUUAUCAUUGUUAGCAAACCAAAAUUUUAAAUGACGGUAUUCUCAUUACUUUUGUUUGUCAUGCUAUGCCACAUCACCGCUAUUUUCACGCAAUAACACACUGUAUAUUAUUAACGUACAUGUCAUACGCAUCUCCACAUUGUUAAUUGGUUAUUAAUGUAAAUAUUUUUUUUUGUAUAAAAUUUUUCUUAUUGUUAUUGUAACCAGUGUUACCUCCGGACACUCUGGGGGGAGCUAUGUGGAGAUAUGACUGACAAGCUUAUUUUGUAAAUAGUUUUUAAUAUUAUUUGUAUUUGUUUGUCAAUUUUUCACUGUAUGUACAUUUAUCAUUAAAUGACUGUACAUGUUGUUUUAGUAAAUGACCUUGAACACACUUUCCGUUGAGCUAUUACAUAGCGUGACAUUCUUGCUGGUUAACAAAUACAUUACUACUCUCGCAUUCCUCGUUCUAUUUCCAUUUGUGAUUGAGUUAACGGAAGUCUAAAUCAAAUACUAUCUACAUUUAUAGACUGUAAUCGGAAUAUAUCACAUCCUACGUUGGACUAUAUCGCUAGAGAGUUCGCCAACCUGCUCAGAGUCAUCAAGCAUUUAUAAUUGUGGAUUUACAUUACUGGACCUAAUCAGAACACGCAACGUUUGGGCAAUUUAAAACGAGACAUUAAUGCAUUAGAAUCCAUGUAUACAAGCAAAAGUAUAAGAAUCCUACAAUACCUUAUCUGGAUAGAAUAUACUCUUAGUUUUUCAAUGUAAUUUUGUGAUGACAGCACAAAUGAUCGUCAUAUUUUGAAUGUUAAACACUACCAUUCGUUUACUCAAUGAAUGAAGUUUUCUCAAAAAGUCCUUUCAACAACUUGUCGAUUACAUGAGGUGUACUUCAGUGUUUUUCAUUAAUUCAGAAGAAGAUUAUUCUUCUUUAAAUGAUCUCUUUCUUCCUCAUUACAUCUUCAACGGAGACUAAUAUACUCCUCCUACUUAUUACCAAUAUGUGAAUAUUUCAAUGUCGAACACAAAAUUGUGCUCAGCGCUUCAACGAUAAUCAGUUUCGACAAAAAACGAAAAUGUGCAAGCUAUCAAGUGUGCAUAAACAGGAUUUUAUCAGAUUUAUAAUGUUCAUUGUAGCUUAUAAAUUUUACUAUGGUCAGCUUUAUAAAGGGAAAUUCAGCUACACUUAUUCAUAAUUUUAUCAUGGGGGAACAGAAUUAACCAGAUAAACAAGCUGAACAAGAAUAAAAACACUACUCAUUAAGUUCAAGUGUAUGAAUGAAUUGCUUGCAUAUUUGCUUACCUACUUAUGACAUCUGAGAUUUUGGAAAACAGACUGUCCAGAUUAUCUAAAAGCGUAUUUUGAACAUUUUUCCCUAGCGAGCAACUCAAUCAGCGAAUUUUCAACGAUCAACAGAUGCUUGGAACCGCCUAAAUUUAUAUCAACCCGUAUAUGCACUGAAGGCACAAAUGGUGAUGUGCUGAAAAGAAUUGAUUCAAACCUAUGUCAAAUGACUGUGAUAAAUAGUAUUUGUCAGAUAGAAAGCGAUAUAUGAUUUCAGUUCCAUAUUAUCUGACGUUGAUUGUUCGCUGUUUUAAUUGUUUACAUUUUUUGUAUUCUCUCUUUUGAAAUAUUUAACACUCAUCUCCUGCAUCUCUAUGUUACUCGACACCAUAAUCUGUUCGACGGCUGAAACAUAUAGCUCAGGUGAUUUACAAGGUAACAUUGUCCAUCACGAUCAUACUAUCCUGUAUGAACAGUAAUAAUUUGACAGGGAAACAACACGUGCUUCAUAUGUACUCUUGAAAUUCUAUUGAACCUUCACGAUUCAGUGAGGAAUAUGUAUCUGUAUAUCACAUAUCAUCAUCACAUCUACUAUUUCAGUACAUUUAAUCUAAUAUGCCUUUACACUCAAGAAAUAUUCUUCUAAAAAUAAAAAUAAUGAUGAUAUUAUUAGUGUACACUAUCGGAGAGUGUGAUUUUUAUAUGGCGUCAGUCUGUUGACCUCAGUUGUUGUUUGUAGAAACGUCAAUGUAUGUACUUCUAUGUUGUUUAUCACCAUGUUCUAUCUAAAUAAUCAAAAUUAUAUGAUUUUCUCUUUUGUGUAGUGUGCCUGAUAUAAAUCUUGAAUAUAAUAAGGAAUGUCGUUUACUAAUGGUGCUCUUAUAUGACAGACCGUCAUUUACGCCCACGAAACAAAGUUGAAUGAAAUUUCCAUUUUGCAGAUGAGUACUAUUUUUCUAAAGAGAGAUUGAAGUGAAAACGAGUAGGUUGUCUUCAGGUUACAGGAAGUAUUGCUUUAGAUAUGAAUAAACACUGAUUGCAUUUACCAUCUGAUUUCAAAUGAGUUUAGUGAAAGCGUUCUUAUAGAAUUGUCUAUUUUGUACGUCCGCAGUUCAUAAAUCUAUGGAACUAUCAGUAAUAAUUCCGAUGAUUUUAGACUCGACUAGUUAAUACGUCUCAUGAAUACUUUCUAUGAGACUGUCAUCAAGAUGAUUGAUCACAUAAUCCUCAUGACGUUCUGUGUAUCGUUUUAUAUCAUUCAGUGUGAAAGAUAAAUUGAUCUAUACCGGAUAUUCUGUAUAGAUGAAUAUGACUGUUGACCAAAUGUACGUUUGUGUUAAGUAUUGAUUGAAGUCGGAUAUCAUCGUGAGAUGUUAGUGAUCGAAUUUCGUAAAACAUAGAAUAGGUCUUGAAAUAUAUUUGCUAAUGAAAUUCUUCUUAGUUUUGCAGCAGAAUCAAAAUGAGUUUCUACAUAAGUAAACAAUCGUAGAUGAAGAUUUAUAUAGCCUGCCGCCUAUGUCAGCAUCCGCUAUUUCAAAAUUGUAUACGUAGUUGAUGUUUACGAGGAGAUACUUUGAUUGAUUUUCGAUGUUUGUAGUCUUUCGGCAGGGGUUCUUGAAGAGAGUUAGUAUAAAUCAGUGAGAUUUACUCUUACUUCCGAAAAAACCAAUGCUGCCCGUGUCAUCCAAACUCAUAUCACUCAAUUUUGAACAAUGAGGAGUAACUGUUGCGAUAUUCAAACGACAAAUGAACUAUGGCAGGACAGAGAUAUUCAUGUGUCAUCAUUCUCCAGCACUUGAGUACCUAUAGAAUACUGUCAAUCACGUGUUCUGUCACGACACAAACCAGGAGACUUUGACAGCUUAACUCACUGUAGCCCAUUGUUCUGAAUAUAUAUACGUUUUACGGUCGGUCAAAUGUAUGUUUUCAUUGAAUAUUCAUUAAGGUUCAUAAGAACAGUUUAGUGAAGUAGAAGUAGAUCAAAUUGUUCAAGAAAAUAAACGUCUUUAAUAAGUCUGUUUUUUCAUGUUGAAAUUGGUUUUAUAAACUAACAGAGGUGGAAAAGUUCUCACUACUCGACAUGUGGAUAUUUAGUCUUUCAAAAUAUGCAUGAAAAUUAUUUCAUUAUUGACUGAGGAGUGCAAGUGUGAUUCUAUUGCUGUGUGUGAGUGAUUGAGUAUGUAAAUGAGUAUGUAUAUCGUCUGUUUAAAUAAGUCAACCAUGUGUCCAUGUCUGGAUGAGUCAAUGGGUACCCAUAAGCGUACUACAUCUCCAAGUAUCUACUCACACCAUAGCUAUUUUACUCGAGAUAUCUGGUUACGUGGAUGUCAGAAAAUGCGGAUCUUGAAAUUCAUCUUUAAUGAAACUCAAUCUUUAUUAACGUCUGUACACCGGAAAUGGAAGAGGUGAAUCUGUGGUGUCGUUAUCAGAAAGCCAUAAAACUAUAUUUGGUGAAGGACUUGAGGAAUGCACUGCACCUGUGACACUUUGAUAAAAAUCGAAGCUAGGGUUAUGGUCUAAAAGAACUUAACCACAUGCUCUUUGUAUUUUCAUAGCUUAUACUCAUUCAGAUAUGUUGAAAAAGAUGAAACGUAUUAGGACAUUUAUCCAGCAUUUACUCCAUCUCACUCAGUAAUUUGUACGUCAUUCAUAGUAUUCUGACUUGUUUUUACAUUACUGUCCUUCAAUUUAUCUAAUCCAUAUUUAUUUCUGAUCAUUAAUCUUACAAUUCCAUUCAAUACGUAGAGCUAUUAAAAUUCACAUGUUAUUCUUUUCUCAGCGAUAGGUAUCGCUGUACAUCUGACCGGAUUUCGGAUGAAUAAGCUGGAUAAUAUAACUGUGGAAACUGAAGAGAAUGACACAACGAUCAUUUAUUUUGUACAGUUUGAGCUACUAUAAACAUAUUUCUGUUAAAGUCUGUGAAAGCCACUUCAUUUGGAAUGCUUUAUGUUAGAUCCAUUUUGAAGAUUUUUGUGUGUGAAAAUCCCUCCUGUAUACACUUGCAGUUUGUUCCUACUGAUUCUUUUAGUUGUACAUUUUGUUAGUCGUUUUGAUUAUAUUUGACUUGUUAAUAUUUGUAUUUCAUUAGAGUUUCUAUUUUUCUUACGCCUUCACUAAGUUUUCGUGUUUCUUCCUGAAUUGCAUUUAUGUUGUUUGACAUGAUACUUAGUCUUGGCAGCAGAUAUAUUGGUUUGUUCCUCCUCUUGAUUGUGUUGCUUGUAUUGACUGGAAUUGUGCCUUUCAUUGACUGUGAAUUGAGGCAUUCUUUCAGAAUUGGAAACACUCUGUGUUAUAAAGCAACCAAAUAUUAUCUUUUGAAUGAAUCUGUGCGUGAUCUAGCCAGACAGGAUAGAAUAACACUGAUUUGUUGUGAUUGGUAAUUUUCUCGCAUCCUUUAUCAACUUCGUUAUUUAUUGUAAUCUAGAUCUGAUUAAUUGAACAAUUAUUGGUUGAAUAG